UGGCGGUAAUGCACCAAACAGCCACUGUCGACAGCCAAUACCAUUCAAGAAGAAAAACGAAAUUGUGGCAGAUCUCAGGUCAGCCGCUAAGCCACAAUUAUCCGUGUGUGCACGUCAUCAGUUUCAUGUCCGCGUGUGUGCGGUGUGUUUAAAGCAAAAGGUGGGGAUGGAAAACAAUUUUCACGUGGUUAUUUUCUGUGCAUUGAUCUCUUUGCACCUAUUGUUGGUCCAAGGAGCCAGACAGGGUCAAGACAUCAAAUGUGGAGCAUGCAGGGCAUUAGUUGAUGAAAUGGAAUGGGCCAUAUCCCAAAUAGAUCCCAAGAAAAUGAUCCAGACUGGAUCAUUUAGGAUUAAUCCUGAUGGCAGUCAGUCAGUAAGAGAGGUUCCCUUUUCUCGCUCUGAGGGUCACCUGCUUGAACUGAUGGAAGAGGUUUGUGAGAAGAUGAAUGAUUACGGCGAACAUGUUGACCCUGCCACCAAUCGAAAGACAUACGUGAGACACACGUCCCGUGACGGCACCGCCAUGGACCUUUCUGAUGUGGCCUUUGACUCCAGAGUCAGCUCCAGCUUAAAGUUUGCUUGUGAAACGAUUGUUGAGCAGCAUGAGGAUGAACUUAUUGAAUUCUUUUCUCAUGAGACAGACAACGUUAAAGACAAGCUCUGCAGUAAGAGGACAGAUCUUUGUGACCAUGCCCUGAAGAUACCGCAUGACGAGUUAUGAACCGAGCAGCUUUACCAAUGUGUUCACCUGUUAAACUUCAGUAACCAGACUGAUUCUCUUACUUGUUGAGGACGCUGAACAUGCAGAGAUCUACAUUUGUAUAAUGUACUUGACCCUAUGGGUUAACUGUUGACCUGUUCAACUGUAUUAAUGGCGUUACCAUCAAAACUGUCCAUUGUCAUUAAUUAAAGCUGACUUUCUACAGCUACAAUGAGAUCUCUUUAUGAGUCUCUAAUGGCAUACUUUUAUAUUUAACACUAUUUGGGAGCACUUAAGAUUUUAGUUUAGAAGAUCAUUUGCAGUAUAUUGAUUAGAAGCACAGUGGUGUGGCGUUUCUUUCUCCAGGUCACAAACAUGAUUAGAUUACUAGUCUUUAAGUCUUAAACUAUUAGGCUGCCACCACUUUGUAUGGAGAUUCAUAUGCAGUUUACCAACUUUUGUGUUUUCAUUUGAUUUUCAAAUAUAAUUUAAUUUGGCUGUUGCGUCGGUAUUUACUGUAUCAACAUUCGUUGCAUUGUUUGAAUUCAGCAUCCAUUCUGUUAUAUUGUUGUUUUAAUAAUAAACACAAUCUUUUUUUUACUCACAA